AUUCCGCCCGUCAUGUCUUAUCGUCUGGCAACUUGGUCAUUACUAGCGGCGGCGUUGGCCCCAGCGGUGCUCGCAACCCCACUUUCUACCAAUCCUUACAACAUUCCCAGUCGGCCGCAACUCAAGGUUGCGCCGUUAAUUGCCUCUGACCAUCCAUAUGGAACCGUUAACAACUCGUAUAUCGUCGUUCUUCGUGAUGACCUUCCUCAGGCUGUCGUACAGAACCACUACAACUUCCUCCAGAUGGCUCAUGCCUCUGACUCGCUCCUCGGCGACGGGCUUGCGGAGGGCGUCCGUCACUUUUACGACGGACACAUCAAGGGUUACGGUGGAGAGUUCACUGAGAACGUCAUCGAACAGGUACGGCGGAUGCCUGAGGUCUCCUUCGUAGAGAAGGACCAAAUCGUCCAUACCAUGGAUAUCAAUACCCAGAAGGGCUCGCCUUGGGGUCUGGCCCGUAUCAGCCACCGUAACAAACUCGGCUUCAGCACUUUCACGAAGUAUCUCUAUGACUCGGAAGGUGGUGACGGUGUCGACGUCUAUGUUGUUGAUACCGGUAUCAAUGUCGCUCAUUCUGAAUUCGAGGGUCGUGCUUCCUGGGGCAAGACCAUUCCGACCAAUGAUGUCGAUGAAGACGGCAAUGGCCAUGGUACGCAUUGCGCUGGAACCAUUGCUUCCCGCAAGUAUGGUGUCGCUAAGAAGGCAAACGUCAUUGCUGUCAAGGUGCUGGGUUCCAACGGCAGUGGCACUAUGAGCGAUGUUGUCGCGGGAGUUGCAUGGGCAGCUCAGUCAGCUGCAAAGAAGUUCGCAGCUGCUCGCGCUGAGUUUGCCGCCACUGGUAAGACCAAGCACAAAGGUUCGGUCGCAAACAUGAGUCUUGGUGGCGGAAAGUCUCCCUCUCUUGACCUUGCUGUCAACCGCGCUGUUGACGCUGGCCUUCAUUUCGCCGUUGCUGCCGGUAACGACAACAAGGACGCUUGCAAGUACUCACCCGCAGCAGCUGAGAAUGCGGUCACAGUCGGUGCCUCUACGCUUGGCGAUGAGCGCGCAUACUUCUCCAACCACGGCGAGUGUGUAGAUAUCUUCGCUCCUGGUCUUAACAUCCUAUCCACGUACAUUGGUAGCAGAGAUGCUAUUGCUACCCUCUCUGGUACCUCGAUGGCUUCUCCCCAUACUGCUGGCCUGCUUGCAUACCUUUUGUCGAUUUACCCAUCUGCCACCUUCGACCCUUCAUUGAGCUCGAUGUUACCUCCUGCGCUCAACCUCGAGCACCCUUAUUCCUCAUUCUACUCUCUAUGCCAUGCCGCUCUCCCGCGCUGGAUGACCGGGUUCAUGCCAUCACCGCAGUUGUUUAUCAACGCGCCCAUCCCUGGUGGUCCAGUCUUGAUCUCCCCUUUGGAGCUCAAGACAGCUCUUCGCAAGCUCGCAUCAUCGAACAUGCUCACUGAUCUGCCCCCGAAGACAGUGAACUUGCUCAUCUUCAACAAUGCUACCGCUUAAGCAUGAUUGAUAGGAUAUAACCAGCGCGUAAUUCGCUCUCAUAUUGCAUGAUUGGUGCAGCCUUACUUGUAGUUGCAGUUGUAUUAUAUAUCUAAAUCAUCAUUCAUUUAUCAUGGACGAGCAUUUAGAGUUGGAGAUCUGUUGAAUGAUUUUGCGUGUUGGCUCCGGUAAAUAAUAAUAUCGGUGAGUGGGUACUUAUAAUGACGGAUCAGCAUUGCAUAUUAUGGCCGAC